UACAGCUUUGCUUUGGUAACAACCCCCACAUCCCAGAGCCUUACGACAGCCAUUUAGGCCUUGCCCACUUCUGUCAGCUGCUGGGGUUCCAACUCGCACGUCUUCUCAUCUGGGAUUCCGGAUGAGGAAGGGCUCCGGUCUGGAACGUGGCGUUCUCGUGGCAGAGAGGGUGGGAGAAAGAGCCGGGCGAAAGGCGGAGUGCCUCUGGAAACUUCUCCCGGGAUGGGAUGUACGUCGCCCUUGCUCAUGCCAUGAGGCCAAGGCCAGCAUCAGCGAGGUGGGGAAUGGCACUCCUUCAGGAAGGGUCCGCACGUCUCAGGCUACAGGUGGGGAGGCACAAUCCUCUUAGGGAGUGGGUGAUCCUGCAGCAUGCGGGGGGUGGGGGGUGGCCCUGGUGCUGCCGGCGAUGGCAAUGCUCUGGUGACCGAAGCGCUGCUCAACACGACAGGACCUGUGACAGCAAUGGAGGGCUUGCUGACAACAGUCACGAUGUGCUGUAGCUACGGUGUUGAUGCUGAUGGUGAUGAAGCAGCAGGUGCGAUGUCCUGGAGUUUCUGUUGCUAACUCAGCGUUGCCGCCACCCUCCUCCAUGGUCCCCUCGGCGUCCUAGAGAAUUCGGGAAGAUUUUCCAGAAUCCCCUUCCCCAUGUGGUUCCGGGGUGGAGUCUGCCAAUGCAUGAGCUACGGAAAGCAGAGGAGAGAGAGGCCGUUGUGGGCAGAUGGCAACUGGAGGGCCCCUGGUUCUCUAACUGCAUUACCUUCAGGAUGGAUGGGUGACAGCGAUGGAUGGGCCACUGGAUGGACAGUGACAGGUGAGUGAAGAGACUGAAUGAUGGACAGCUAUAAGGGUGGCUAGAUGGCUGAACAGAAAACUGGGAGGUUUAGAGCUCAGCCUGUCAGGUCAGACAGCUCUGCCAUUUACCAGCUGUGUGUUCUUGGGGAAGUCACUUAACCUCUCUGUCUCUCACUUUCUACAUCUCAUCUGUAAAGUGGGAAUAAUAAUAGCAUUUCCUCAUAGGAUUGCUGAGGACAGCUUAGAACAGAGAAAAGGCUGUGUAUGUGGGAUUGCUAGCCUAACGGGUGGAUAGACGGAUGGAUGGAAAAACAGACAGACAGAUGAAUGAAGGGAAGGAGUAGUAGAUGGACAGGUCUGUGGGAGGAUGGGUAGAAGGGUCGAUGAGCAUAUAAAUUGGUGCGCUGAUGGAGGGUUGGUCAGGUGGUGGGUUACUAGACAGGUAGAAGAGACAGUGAAUGCCCAGUGCCAGGCAGGGCGGGCCUCUCUUCUUCUCCAGAGGUAACAGGACAAUCUCAGCUUAGGUCCUGACACAGACGUGGCUCAGACCUGCUUUCCCUCCCCCAAGACGUCCAGGAAAGUGUCCUGUUCAACCCUCCUGGCCCGUGGUAAUGGGUGCCCACUGGGUCCCCAGGAUCCUUUCCCCUCAACCCCUACCCGGGUAACACCCUUCCUGGUAGUGGUCCAUGUGGUCUCUGGAAGCUCAGUUCUAGCCUCCAGUGGAGGGUUUCUGCCUGAGCAAAGGCAUCAUUUGUGGGGACCGCCCCCGCCGUGUUCCAAAGUGCACCAGCCUGUUAGGGCAGCCACUCUCCUCUCCCCACCCAUAGUGCCCUAGUCUUCAGACCAUACCUGCAUGGGGCAACCCUAGGCAGAGCUCUGAUCCCACUUCCAACAGCUCAUCCUAAGCCUCCAGGAUGAUUCAACCCCCACUGCCUACAUACACACCAUGGACCUCUGUAGCUUCUGGAAUGUGGGGCAUCCUGGGUCUUUCUGGAAAGAGUAUAGAACAAAGAAGCCUGAAGUAUCUUCCAGAGUCAAGACUUACAUGCAUAUGCACACAUUCAUACCAGCAAUCAUCCACCCACCUAUCACCCACUUACCCAUCUAUCCAUCUAUCCAUCCAUCCAUCCACGUAUCCAUCCAUCCAUCCAUCCAUCCACCUACCAUCCAUCCACCCAUCCAUCCAUCCAUCCAUCCAUCCACCUAUCUAUCCAUCCAUCCAUCCAUCCAUCCAUCCAUCCAUCCACCUAUCCAUCCACCCAUCCAUCUAUCCAUCCAUCCAUCCACCCAUCCAUCCAGCCAUCCAUCCACCUAUCCAUCCAUCCACCCAUCCAUCCAUCCAUCCAUCCAUCCAUCCAUCCAUCCACCUAUCCAUCCACCCAUCCAUCUAUCCAUCCAUCCAUCCACCCAUCCAUCCAGCCAUCCAUCCACCUAUCCAUCCAUCCACCCAUCCAUCCAUCCAUCCAUCCAUCCAUCCAUCCAUCCACCUAUCCAUCCACCCAUCCAUUUUUCCAUCCAUCCAUCCACCCAUCCAUCCAACUAUCCAUCCAUCCACCUAUCCAUCCAUCCAUCCAUCCAUCCAUCCAUCCACCCAUCCAUCCAUCCACCCAUCCAUCCAGUCAUCCAUCCACCUAUCCAUCCAUCCACUCAUCCAUCCAUCCAUACAUCCAUCCACCUAUCCACCCAUCCAUCCAUCCAUCCAUCCACUUCCUCGUCCAUCCAUCUACCCAUCCAUCCAUCCAUCCAUCCACUUACUCAUCCAGCCAGCCAGCCCUUCAUCUAUCCAUCCAACCACUUAUCCCAUAUGUUUCUUGAGCACCUAUGCAUACAUGUACUAUAAGCCAGGCACUCCUCUGGGUGCUGCAGGUAUAUAUGCCAGUGAACACACUAGCCAGGGCGUUGCCCUCAUGGAGUUGACAGCUAGCGGGAGAGACACAAGAAACUAAUAAUAAAUAAACAUAAUAUAAUGUCAGGUAGUGAUAGCUGCCAUGAGGAAAAACAAAGAAGAAGGAGGAUGACAAGCCUUCUCUUUCAGACAGGGUAGGCAGAUAGGGCCCCACCCACCUCCACAUGCGUAUUAGGCAUCCAUGCCCCCACGCAAUAUGUGUGUGCCUAUACACACAAACACAAGUGUCCACGUGUACACACAGGCACACAGGUGCCUCCCACAAGGCCUGCAGCCCUGCUGUGCAUUGAGGGUACGGUGUCUCCAAAGAUGCCCCUGCCCACCCACGCUGGGGAGGUCUGGCCCACCGCUCUGGCCAGAACUGUUUCCUUCUUCCUCACCCUGACCUUCCCAUAUCCCCUCUCCAGGCCUGCUCACCGGGGUCCCAGCACACAUCUGGGUUUCACUGGGUCAACUGGAGAAGGGCCUAGGUGACUUCCAUGCAAUUCGCAAUUCAGAUCCACACAUCUUUCAGCGCUGGUGCAGGUGCGAGCUGGAAACAGAGCAGAAUUCAGCUGUGUCACCCACACCCACAGAGGGCCCUCCCAAUCCCAGGCUGUGGGAAAGGAGCAGAGACCCACAAACACAUGAAGGCAGCUGCAACAAGCAUUGGAGACACCUGGGGUGACAUCUGGGCAGGGCUUAAACAGGGCAGUUCCAGCAGGGUCUAUUGAGAGAGGUGACAUUAGCCUCACACAUGUGAAGGUCCUCGGAUUUAGACUCUGGAUGUCCUUUCCCAAGGGUAUAAAUUGCUCGGUCGUGGAAAAAAACAGUAUUUCCAGGUGGGAAGAAAAUGUUCAUCAUAGGGCUGUAAGCACUUUCAGACUACGGGGUGCAUUAUAAAUGAACCUCUUCCUAAAUCAGUGCUCUCAACAGGGUCAGCCCUCCCUCCCCAGGGGACAAUGACAGGAGACAUUUUUAAUUGUCAUGACAAGGGGGUAGGGUUGCUAUUGGCAUCUUGUGGGGCGGUGUCAGGGAUGCCACCAAACAUCCUACGAGGUACAGGACAACCUUCCACCACAAAUAAUGAUCCAGUCCCCAGCGUCAGUGCUAUCGAGGUGGAGAACUCUGGUCUGAACCCUGAAGCCACCAUUUGAAAAGUACGGUUAUAUUGCAUUUGUGUUUUUACUGUGCCUAAGGCAUUCAUUUCUUUAAUGUGAACGUUCAAAACAUACAGGCGGUCUGUUUGGUUAUUUAUUUCUUAAUAAAGCAGGGGCCUUGAUACAGGGGGGUGGUUUCACGCAGAGGGAGCAGCGAGCACAAAGCCUCGCGUGGUGGGAGAGCCUCAUCUGUGGUCUAUUGUGCCUGGGACUGAGGAGACAAUGAGGGGGCAGGGCCUAUGGGGGUGCAAAGGUCAUGCAAGGCUCAGAUGCCAAACUCAAGAGCUUGGAUCAGGUCCCGAGCUGGGGAGCCCUCGGGUGGAUUUGAAGCACAAGGAGAAUGUGAUCAAUGGCAUGUUCUAGAACAAUCUCUCUACAACAAUGAUGUUCCAUUUCAUGCCCAACAAACUGGUAACCAUGUAAAAGGCUGACAUUACCAAGUGCUGGCAAGGAUGUGGAUAGAGCAACGGGGAUUCCCUGCCCUGCUGGUGGGAGUGUCAAUGGGAACAAUGAGUCUGGAAAAUUCUUUGGCCUUAUCUUGGAGAUGUGAGGGUACUAAAUCCUUUGACUCAGCAAUUCCACUUUUAGGCUUCUGUGCCCAGAGAAACCCUCAUGCAUGGAGGAGGGAUGAGAACAGCAAGCAUAUGCUCUCUUUAUAAUAUAACACAGGAGGGGGGUGUCUGGGUGGCUUAGUCGGUUGAGCAUCCGACUUCAGCUCAGGUCAUGAUCUCACAGUCUGUGAGUUUGAGCCCCACAUCAGGCUCUGUGCUGACAGCUCGGAGUCUGGAUCCUGCUUCAGAUCUGUGUCUCCCUCUCUCUCUGCCCCUCCCCUGCUUGUUCUAUCUCUCUCUCUCUCUCUCUCUCUCUCUCUCCCUCUCUCUGAAAAACAAUAAACAUUAAAAAAUUAAAUAAUAGAAAACAGGAGGAUUGGCAAAUACAUUGUGUUAUAUUUAUACGAUGACAUAGUAUAUACCGCAGCGAAACUUGAAUGGAACAGAACUUCAUAUAUUCGUGUGAAAGAAUAUCAUAAACGUGAUAGUAAACCAAAAAAAGUAAGUCAUAGAAAAAAAAACCUACUGUUAAGAUACCAUUUGUGCAAAAUGUAAAAACGUGCAGAAUAACGUGAGCUAUGGCAUAAGGAUUCAUACACAUGUAGCAAAAAAAUGUAACCUACAUGGGAGUCAUCAAGCCCUAGCUACUUCAGGGAAGGAAGGCAGGUAAGAAGGUUCAGAGGGUUCAAUACACCUGUAAUGUUUUCUCUAUUUUGGGGGGAGGGGGUUAAAUAAACCAAAUGAGACAGAGCACAAGCAGGAGAGGAGCAGAGAGAGAGAGAGGAAGACACAGAAUCCGAAGCAGGCUCCAGGCAUCGAGCUGUCAUCACAGAGCUCGACGUGAGGCUCGAACCCACAAACCGCGAGAUCACGACCUGACAGGAAGUCUGUCGCUUAACUGACUGAGCCACCCAGGCGCCCCUGUGAUGUUUUCUUUCUUAACAUGAGAUGAGGGGGCGUCAGAGGGACUGCAAGCUGCCUCGGUUCUCCUGCCUCCUGGUGUCUGCAGCCUGGAAGGUAAGCAGGACCUGGGACAUGUAUAUCACCAAUAGAAUACGGCAAAGGUGAUAGGAUGCCAUUCCCGGGAUUGCGGGACAUUAUAUAAAACUCCCUGGUGUUGGCCACUCUCCUGCAGAGUGUGUGUUGCUGGCUUUGAAGGAGCAAGCUGCUGUGAAUCCUACGGCCACAGGGUCCUCAGUUGUGCCAGAACCUGAGCGAGGUUGGUAGCAGAGCAGACCCUUCCCUAGUUAAGCCCCUGCCGAGACCCCAGUCCUGGUCAAUGCCUUGAGGGCAGCCUUGUGGGACCCCACUAAGCCACGCUGGGCUUCUGCACUGUGUGCGUGGUUUUAAGCUGCCGAGUCUGGGAUUUGCUGUGCAGCUUAGAAAACUAGGGCCGCCCAGGUGGCUCAGUCGGUUGAGCAUCUGACUUCAGCUCAGGUCACGACCUCACAGUUCAUGGGUUCAAGCCCCAUAUCCGG